AUGUACUUACAGGUGGAGACACGAACCAGUACCCACCUCCAUCUGAAGAGAGCGCCAGGCAUCCGUUCUUAGUCCCUGUUGAUCUAAAUAUUACCCACUGACCUGGCUGCUGUCUAUUACAGUGGAGUGGUGGUCCUGCUGAAAGACAUCCAGGCUGUGAAUGUGGAGAAGGAAAGGGUCCAUUACAUUGGGAAGGGCUACACUGUCGCGCUCCCGUUCACAACAGACUUCUUCAAUCCCCUUACUCAGAGUGCAGCCAUGGGCCAAUGCUGUGGUGUGGAAGCCCUUGCCAAACUCAUCACUAUCUUCUUGGAGUUGCACAGCCUGGAGUGGUCACAACGCUGUGACAGUGAAACUGAUGGCCCUGGUGACCGUCAGUUUCACUGUGACCAUCAGCUGACAGUGUGA